GUGUCACGUAGUAGCCGCAAGUUACAAGCUGAAAAAGUAUAUUUAAAAGUACUAUUGAAAGCUGUUACAAGGGAAACAAGUUUUAAUUUGCCUUCAGAAAUACAGAAUUCUAGAAUUCAAUGGAGGAGCACUACAUUCGCGUCAACUACGAUUUUCAGCAGGAGGAGCUGCAGGGGCAGCUGCUGACCUUCGAGGAGAUUCUCAGCCUGAGCAAUGCCUCGCCGAAGAUUCUGAAGCAGACCAUCAAGAUUUUGGCCAGGCAGCGUUUCAAGGUCAAUCCAAAGAAAAUGGAAAACGAGCUACAGUACAUGGCGAUCGACCAGGACAAUGGGAUGCAAGAGGGCGCUGAGAGUGUGGGGGGCAUGUCCUUCGAGGAGCUGGUCGUUCGCACAGGAGUGCAUCCUUUGCACCUGGAACGCAGCCUGUACAAAAUCGCCCUGCUGAGCGACAACUACUAAUAGUUGGUUUAAUAGAUUAAAUGCCAAGCAUUAA